GAAAUGCAACACUCGUUGCAUCUCCUGCUCCUCCUGCUGUCCUGCUAAAUGCAGCAGCAAACUUUUAAAUUGCUGCAGCCAGCCUAGCAGCAGCUUGGUUUGUUGCAGUCCCCAGUCUGACAAUUGCUGCAGCCAAGUUUUCCGUCGCCUGGGCUUGAGCCAAAAUUGCGUCUGCAUUUUAGCCUGCGAACACCGCUUAGCCAGGCUUUGCCCCGUCGCGGGUGCGGUUGCAGUCACCGGGAUGGCUCUCCAAAUAGUCUAGCAGCGAUGAAAUCUGCUCCACUACUGCCAUUUUCGCAGUCCCUUAUAAUAUUCACACUUCACAGAUUUAAAUAUUCUGUCUACCUAGUGUGCGUCCACAGUGAAUGCGCGGUGACUAGGGCCUGUGGCGGGUGCGACGGCGGGGGCGUUGCGGUGGCCACAGUGACGUGCGAGCUGUUGUAGCGAUCAGACGUAUUUCAGGUGUUGCAAACCAUGGACGAGGAUUUGGUAUUUUUACUAGAGAGUCCGAUCUUGAGAUGGGAAGUAUUGAACACAAGAGAUGGUGUACACGAAAUAAAUAAAAACAGAGAAUUAAAUGGGGAAUUUUUUAAUUUGUUCGAAAAAUUGAGAUUGUACCCCACAAAAUUCUUCGAGUACACUCGAAUGUCAAUCUCAACAUUUGACUACAUCUUGAGUAAAAUAGCACCUAAAAUCACGAAAGAAGAUACAAACUUUCGCAAAAGUAUUAGUCCUGCGGAGAAAUUGUUUUUAACUCUAAGGUUUUUGUCAACAGGAACAGGGUUUAGAGCAUUGGCUUAUAGUUUUCGCAUGGGAAAAAGCACCAUUGCGUCCAUCGUUCACGAAACUUGCCGUGUUUUAUGGACUGAGUUAGUUCCUCUACAUAUGCCGAUACCAACAGAACAACGUCUGAAAACUAUCGCCGAAGAUUUUGAAGCCACCUGGAACUUCCCACACUGCAUUGGAGCAAUUGAUGGGAAACAUUGCGAAAUAAAAAAACCACCAAAAUCAGGUUCAGCACAUUGGUGCUAUAAAAAAAGAAUUAUAUAUUCUUUGCUUCAUUAUUCAUAUAUGAUUUUAUACACUGUAGUUUCCCUAUUUACUCGGUAA